AUUUUUCAAACAAAAAAAGCCAAAAAUUCGAUUUGAGUUUAUCAUAUCUUCUUCUAUAAAUAAAUUGAAAUAUUUUUAUACACAUACGUUGUCAAAUGCUAACCACACGUUUGCGUUUAGUAACCGAAAGAACCAAACUGAUAAAUACUACUUCUCCUAUGAGAAUAGUUUUUGGUAAAACUUACAUAAUGGGAAUGGUUUUUGGUAAAAUCGCUGUAGAGACUCCUAAAUACACGGUGACUAAAUCCGGUGACGGUUAUGAGAUCCGUGAAUAUCCACCAGCGGUUGCGGCGGAGGUUACAUACGAUGCGUCGGAGUUCAAAGGUGAUAAAGACGGAGGCUUUCAGCUUUUGGCUAAGUACAUAGGUGUGUUUGGCAAACCGGAGAAUGAGAAACCGGAGAAAAUUGCUAUGACUGCACCGGUGAUCACUAAGGAAGGUGAGAAGAUUGCGAUGACUGCUCCGGUGAUUACUAAGGAGAGUGAGAAGAUUGAGAUGACUUCUCCGGUUGUAACUAAGGAAGGUGGUGGAGAAGGAAGGAAGAAGUUGGUGACGAUGCAGUUUUUGUUGCCGUCGAUGUAUAAGAAGGCGGAGGAGGCACCACGUCCAACGGAUGAGAGGGUUGUGAUUAAGGAGGAAGGAGGGAGGAAGUAUGGUGUGAUUAAGUUUAGUGGUAUAGCGUCGGAGAGUGUGGUGAGUGAGAAGGUGAAGAAGCUGAGUAGUCAUCUUGAGAAAGAUGGGUUUAAGAUCACCGGAGAUUUCGUUCUUGCUAGGUAUAAUCCUCCAUGGACGUUACCACCGUUUAGGACCAAUGAGGUCAUGAUUCCUGUUGAAUGA